CCAAAAUGCUGUGGACGUGGGAUAAGACGGAUGCUGUGAUCUUCCAGGGCGUCCUCUCUGCUGCGGCGUCCUUCCUGGUCAGCACAGCCACCGGGAGAUGCUGCUGGACGCUGUUCCUUGGGCUGUGGUUGGUCACGUCUGCGGUAUAUGUUAUCGCCGCUGCUCUCCAGGUAUCUCCAGAAGGGCGCGCUGUUCUGAUCACCGGAUGCGACUCUGGCUUCGGUUUCGACCUUGCACUACACCUUGAUAAAUUGGGCUUCCGCGUGUUCGCCGGCUGCCUCCUCGCUGUAGGGGGCGGUGAAGGCUCCCGCAGACUUCGCAAGGAGGGAUCCGAGCGCCUUCACGUCCUGCAGCUGGAUGUCACGUCUUCUGAGCAGAUAAGGAAGGCGGUGGAGGAAGUCAAGAAGACGAUGCCAAAGGAAGAGCAGUUCUGGGGUCUGGUCAACAACGCCGGCUGGGCCACCUACGGCGAGCUCGAGUGGGUUGCCAUGGAUACAUUUCGACGCAUUACCGACAUCAACGUCUUCGGGCUUCUCGCUGUGACAAAGGCCUUUCUUCCGAUGAUCAGGAGGUCUAAAGGUAAGGUUGAGUUGUCGGAAUGA